UUCAACAACCCUUUCUGCAAGUCCACACACUUUCUUUCUCUCUCUACAUCUAUACGUACAUACAUACAUACAUACAUACCACCACAGAACUACAAUGUAUAAUACCUCAAUGAAUUCCCUUAUUCUAAUUCAAGAGCCCAGAUCCAUUUUCUCUCGUCUUCUCUUCCUUCUUGUUCGCUGUUGCAAAAUAUCUUUGUUUUUUUCAUAAAAUUUUCAACGCCCUUAUGCAAAUCUUGUUCCAUCUUUUCACUAUUUUUCCUGAAGAAAAAUAUCUUCUCCACGACAUAAUCUGUUAAAUUUCUUGCCGGAUAUUCUUUUCUUAUUCUUUGUUUUACUGAGAAAACGGAGUUUUUCCGUUGUUUUUGCUGCGCAUUGAUCAAUUAUUUUCUGGGUUCUUGAUAUCUUGAUCUCCAAGAUACUUGUAUGCGGUAGCGCAGAUUUGCUGUUUUGCUUCAGUGUAUUGCACACAAUUGGUUUCGUGGGGUUUAUUCUUCCGCAUCGACCUCAGAACCUUCUUCGUGCUGAACUAGAGGGAGAUGAGGGAUGUGUUCUUGGCUGGGAAGAGCAGUGUCCUCAUGCUUCCGCCCUUUAAGUCAAUAUGCCCGUAUGAACAAGGAUGAUUGUGAGGGUUUAGGAAGUGAGGAUGAUGUAUUCCUCUGGUCCAGAGACCUUGAGAAACAUUCCCAUGGCGAGUUUUCUUUUGCAGUGGUCCAGGCAAAUCAAGUCCUUGAGGAUCAGAGCCAGGUAGAGACUGGUCGACAUGCCACCUUUGUCGGAGUCUAUGAUGGCCAUGGUGGGCCUGAAGCCUCAAGAUACAUCUGUGACCACCUAUUUCAUCACUUACUUAGACUUGCACGAGAAAAUGGGAUAAUGUCUGAAGAUAUUCUCAGAAAUGCAUUAUCUGAAACAGAAAAUGGUUUUCUAACUCUUGUUAGGAGAGCUUACGAAAUUAGACCAGUAAUAGCUGCAAUUGGGUCUUGUUGUCUGGUUGGAAUUAUCUGGAAAAGGACAUUAUAUAUUGCUAAUCUAGGGGAUUCUAGAGCUGUAAUUGGUUAUUUAGACCAAUCAAAAAAAAUUAUUGCUGAGCAGCUAACCAAAGAUCACAAUGCCAGCAUGGAGGAGGUUAGGAAAGAAUUAAAGGCUUUACAUCCAGAAGAUUCGCAAAUCCUAGUUUUGAAGCAAGGGGUUUGGCGCAUCAAAGGCAUUAUACAGGUAUCUAGAUCCAUAGGUGAUGCUUACCUAAAGAGGCCGGAAUUCGCUCUUGAUCCAUCUUUUCCUAGAUUUCACCUUCCUGAACCUAUUCGUCAACCAGUUUUAAGAUCUGAUCCAGCCAUAUGCACCAGAGACUUAGAAGCAAAUGACAAAUUCCUCAUUUUUGCAUCUGAUGGUCUUUGGGAACACUUGACAAAUCAAGAGGCUGUUGAGAUAGUUCACAACAACCCAAGAGUGGGCAUAGCUAAAAGACUUCUAGUAUCAGCCAUGAUGAAAGCGGCCAAGACAAGACAGAUACCAUAUACUGAAAUAAAGAAACUUGAUUCGGGGGUGAGGAGACAUGUUCAUGAUGAUAUUACUGUUGUCGUUGUCUACAUAGAUCAUGGAAUGUUGGAUGAUAAAACCUCUACACCUGAAAUAUCCGUACGAGGAUUUGUGGAUACCGCUGGACCAUCAAAUUUUAAUUUUUCGUAGAUUACGCUUGAAAGAAGGUCCAGUGUAGCCAAUUUUGAGCCAUGUUUUGUAUCCUUAACUUUGAUACUUUUUAUCUGAAUUUAUCAAAUUCUGUACACAGCCAAUUAGUUUAUGCUAAUAUUUCCGUUUAUUUUCUGA